AUGGCAUCGUACCUCCUCCCGUCGUUCUUUCAGAAGCGACUGCUCAAAUACGCUCUCUCCCGCCUGGGCCUGUUCGACACAGAUGAUCUAGAUCCGGAUAAUUUGGGUAUUACUUGGGGUCAACGAAGUACAGUGGAGCUACGGGAUGUUGGCUUAAAGUUGGAGAAACUCGCAAGCUACUUACAGCUUCCGCCAACUUGCGAACUUCUCAACGCUCGGAUCCAGUCCCUUCGAAUCACCAUCCCGGCCGAUCUGAUCAACAGCGGUAUCGGCCUUGAAGCGAGCGGUAUCGAUCUACACCUUUGUUUAUCAUCCAAUGAACCGCCCCAAGAAAAACAUGGAAAUAGAAAACAGCAGGCAAUCCCAGUUUCGACAGGGCAUUCUCUUGGGGGGAAGCAGGCUCUGCCUACGCCAUCCAACCUCGCUGAAUCAUUCCUUGAGUCCGAGCCAAGAGAGGAGAAAGAGGAGCUAGAAGCCGCCAUCUCGUCACAAUCCCAUGUCUUUCAGCAUGGGUCCUCUUUCGGCGAAGAUGAUGAAGAGGAGGAAUUAGGUCUUGGGAAUGAAGAAACAUCUCUACCGAGUUUUGUUGCGGGGUUCCUUAAUGGCGUGAUGGAGCGGUUACAAGUUAGCAUCAAGGACAUUGUCGUGCGAGUAGACAUGGAGUUGAAGCAGGACGGUCCUUCCAAGAGACACCCUGAAGACAAGCCGGAUCUUGUCUCGGCCUUGUUGACGGUGGGACAGGUAGAUCUCCAUGGGGCCUCGGGAUCCGCUACUGGUCCAACUGAGUCGGCCCUAUUCCGGGACGGCAAAAGACUACUUUCCCUCACUGACAUUAAUAUUGGGCUCGUCUCGGACCCAGGUGUCUUUUCAAACUACUCACGAUUCACAGCCCCCGCCUCUCCAACUACUACCAUGCAGUCAAAGGCCAGUCAUUCAUCCAGUAGAGCUCCGUCACCACCUUCAUUGGACAACUCUGUUUCCGACCCCGGGCUCGCCAUGACGCGGUCAACCAUCUUUGAGCCCUCUCUUGGAUAUUAUCGUGGAGAGGGUAAUAUGGGGCAUGGGAUGGAGGAAUCAGGACACGAAAUGGAGGCAUCGGGGUUGGCCCAAGAUGGCCGAUUCUCGGAUGCAGACUCGGAUCACGAGAGAGGAUACGAGCGCAGUCUUGAUAACUCUCAGACUUUUGGAGACGACCCCUUCAACGACAAUCCAGGGUAUUUGGAUUCCGUAAUUGAUACCCAAUCCGACGAUUUCGAUGACGAACCACCUUUGGGCGCGUAUAUUGAAGAACAACACAUGGCAGAAACCGAGGGAAAUGACCAUUCCAUAAGACUUCCAUCACCUGUAAUGGAUGACCAAGCAGCAAGCUCCGGAGAUACUGAGCAUCGGGAGAUCGCGACGGCAUCUCCACGAGGAACUUUGGAAGAGUCUCAAGCUUACGCCUCACAAACCAUUAGUCGUUUUGGCAUCGAAUCCAAUGAGAAUACGCUUCUCAGCCAUCACGACGAUGUACAAGAGGACAUUUUGGCACACCAACCUCCUUACUCCUCGGAAGCCUCCCACCACUCGUUAUCCCGGUCAAACUCUGACAAUACAGCCUCCGAAGAGCCGACCCCUGGCGCCGAACUCACCGAGUCCAAGUUCUUUUCUCAUGAUGAGGCACAAAGUCUGUAUAUGAGCGCUAUAAGCCAAGGUGGCGAGGAAAGCUUCAUGCCGAAUAUGCCGGGCGCAUGGGACUCAUUUGGUCCUGGCCGAGUGUCAGAUCUUGAAACGAGCAGACGCAGCGAAACCCACGCCCCAACGGAGAUCAAUGCACCGAACCCAGCGGUUCAGGACGAAGCUAUCGCUUCCACGCCGAAGCAAACUAUGUCAACUGCGUCAUAUUUUAUUGAGCAACAGACUCCAGCCGAUAGCCGAUCAGAGUCUCAAUAUCCAAAUGUGGAAAAUGCAGAUCCGACUCCAUAUCCUACCCUGAACAAGAACAGCGAAAUGAGAAAGCCUGUUUUCAACGUUGACAAAAUCUCAAUCUGGCUACCAACCAUUGCAAGCCUAGAGAAAGCCAGUCCUGUGCCACUCAAGACGUCUAUGGAGCGGACGGACAGUGACUUGAAAGAUAUGGCUAGUAGCUCCCGCGGCCCUCUCCUCGAUGAAAGCCUUUUUUCCUCAAGAAUUUCCACGUCUGCUCGAUCUCCGCGAAUCUCAAGUGAAGCAGGCGCAUCCGAAACAGACCGCUCUGGCCAGCAGCAGGCCGAUACUGCAAUGGAGCGACUCUUCGAGCUACAAAUCGAAGUAUUCUCAAUGACUUCGAACUUUGACAUCGCAACGGGGUGGCUUGUCAUAAAAGCAUUGCAACGGCUGUCGAGUAUGAGCGAUGCAGGUUCGGAUAACAACCAACCCUCCAAACAAACUCCCCUGAACCAGCCUGCUAUGAGACCCGUCCUGGAUUUGCAAGUCCGCGAAUUCUCGGUCAAGUUUAUAGAGCAUGUAGCGGGAUAUCCUUAUCCUGAUAAUUCCGGCACCUUUCUACCACCUUCGUAUCCGUCAAUGGAAGAUAUCGUCCUUCAACUUACGGCAUCUGGCUUGAGAAUCAAUGCAUCAGCAACCGAUCAAAAAAUGAGCCUGAAACUCGAUGUUGGAAAGUUUGCUUUUGGAUUUGCCUCUCAGGACCUGGUGUCCUUCGACGAGUCUUUGAAAAUGCGCGAGUCCACUCGCGAUAUUAUGACACCCUCUCAGGCAGAUAUCUCACUCUCGUUGACCAAAUCUGCAGACGCUACACGAGUUGACUUGUCGACCCUUCCACUCCAUAUUAACAUGAAUAUUCAGAAUUUGGAGGAAGUACUGGGUUGGAUGGGUGGUUUGAGUACGAUCUUGGAACUCGGAAGCUCAAUUUCAUCAACCCCUACAAUGAAAGCAGCGCAUAAGUCUCCCAAAAAGCGCACAAGAGGUGUGCACUUCGAAACGCCUGGGCCGGCUCCACAGAAGGCCGCGUCUGCAUCUACCCCGUGGAAAGUCAACGCUCGACUCGGCGGAAUUGUCCUGGAAGUUGUCGGAGAGACGCAUUCUUUAAAGCUUAGCACUACAGCAGUCAAGAUUGUAAGCAGGUUCGAACUCCUCGGCCUUGCAAUUGAUCGGGCUGAGCUGAGAGGGCCCAUUCGGCUUGACGGGACUCGUGAUGCUCCUGCAAAGGUCAUUUUGGAUGGCAUCAGGGUUGAGUUCUUGUCGGCACCGAAGGAGAACGACCUUGGCCGCCUUUUGACCUUGAUCACUCCGUCCAAAAACAAGUAUGAUGACGACGACGACAUUUUGCUCGACACACUUUUGCGCCAGCGAAAGCAGGGCUCUGUUCUUCGUCUAGCAGUUACGCGCAUGAAGGCGACAAUUUCAAAUAUCGAGGACCUCGCCUCACUCUCAUCCCUUGGACAGGAAAUGGGACGACUGUCCAACGUCACAAAAUAUCUGCCUGAAGAUGAUCGUCCCGGUAUUUUGACUCUAACUAUGAUUCGCGAAUUUGAAGCGCUAGUCCAUGUUGGCGGAGAGGUCGGCGACUUGAACGCAUAUCUCACGGACGCCGAGGUUGCCUGGAUCAGUAUGCCCUCACUCACUGCGACCCAGGUUGGGACGAUCAAAAUUAUUCGAAACAACCACGAAGAGCUGGUCGGCGAAUCCUUAGUUACCGGCAGCGAUCAAAGCGUGGACGAUUCUCAGCCGCCCGUUCUCAUGGCUCGAUUCAUUCCUGAUGAGAUGGACCCCACUUUCAAAGUCAAACUGCAUCAUCUUAGAGUUGAAUAUACGGUCCCAUCGAUCAUGGCUUUCCUUGGACUAGGUCAAAAUACGACAGGUCGCGACCUAGCUGGCGAAAUGGCGAGUUCUAUAGCCAAUCUUGCAGAGCACUCGCCCCAUACAAUGGAAGAUUCAGUCAUUCAUCAGCCGCGACCAAACACCCCGCGACCAUCAAAGCCAACCAAACUCGCGGUAGUGUUUAUGGACUCUGUUCUAGGUCUGAAUCCGCGCAAUUCGCCGUCUAAAGGGCUCAUAGUGCUCACGAAUGCGAAAUUCAGCGGUGCUCUCCACACCGAUGAAUCCUCAGAUGCUAAUCUAGAGAUUGGGAAGGCAUCUAUUAUGAUCAUAGACGACGUGGCCAACGUUGGAACCGCGGAAAAUCUACACCAGCGUGCCUCAGCUUCUCCCCAGAGCAAACAUGUCCAGGGAUACAUUAAUCAGGGCUAUGUUCCUGUUUCUUCCAUUUCCUCCGCAAUGGCGGUUGUAAAGGUCAUGAAACUCGAUGAAGACGGGACUAAGUCUCUAGAUGUGGAAUUGAGAGAUGAUCUUUUGAUCUUGGAAACAUGUGCGGACUCGACACAGACACUCAUCAGUAUUUUGAAUGGGCUCCAGCCUCCGACACCACCAAGCAUCACUAAAAAGUAUCAAACCGAGGUCACACCAAUUCAAGACAUGCUGGCCUCCUUCUCGGGUAACGCCUUCGCCGCUGAUCCUACAAUACCUACCGAUGACAGCUCCGGGUCAGAAGCCCAUCUCGAGGGUAUCAUUGAGGAAGAUGAACUUAGCGAUGAACUGGAAUACGUCAGCGAUUUCUACCCUGGGAGGCAGACCGGAUCUGGUAGUGAUGAUGCAGAACUAGUCGGUGCACCUCACGACAACGACCUUCUUGGCAGUUUCCAUUCCCAGUAUCAUGUCGCUUCUAGUCUCUCGGAGCUUAAUUUCCAAGAUGACCAUUUCGCGAAGCAAUCUGCUGUUGGCGGUACGGCACACCGCUGGGACUCCACUCAUAAUACUUACGGUCUUUCAAACGAUACUAAGCUCCAACGGAGCCCUCUACGAGUACGCGUACGAGACAUGCAUGUUAUCUGGAAUCUGUUCGAUGGCUACGAUUGGCAACGGACACGAGACACCAUCUCCAAGGCCGUGAAGGAGGUCGAAAGCAAGGCAAUCGAGCGACGGGCACGCGCUUCUCGCAUGUCACCAUCAACCACGGAAGAUGAGGAAUCUGUCAUCGGUGACUUUCUCUUCAAUUCGAUCUACAUUGGAAUCCCAGCCAACAAGGACCCGCGUGAGCUCCAGCGUGAGAUUGAUCGUGAAAUCAACGAUCUCAACAGUGAGACAGAUAGCUAUGCCACAACCACGACUGUGACCGCCACAACCAGCCGACAGGGUAGAUCGAUUCCUCGAAGGGAGAAGAAAGGGCCUCGCCUCUAUCGCAGCAAGGCCCAUAAGAUGAGCUUCGAGCUACGCGGAGUCUGCGCUGAUUUAGUGGUAUUCCCGCAGGAUUCAGAAGAGACCCAGAGCUCCUUAGAUGUGCGCGUGAGAGACUUGGAAAUCUACGAUCAUGUUCCAACGUCAACGUGGAGAAAGUUCGCGACGUACAUGCAUGAGGCCGGUGAACGGGAGAGUGGAACCAGCAUGAUCCAUCUUGAAAUUCUUACUGUCAAACCAGUGCCCGAACUCGCCGCAUCUGAGAUCGUCCUCAAGGCCACCGUUCUACCUAUCCGCCUUCAUGUUGACCAAGAUGCCUUGGAAUUCAUGAGUCGGUUCUUCGAGUUCCGAGACGAGUCCAUCGAGGAGGCCAGUACGCCAGGAGACGUUCCUUUCUUGCAGCGUGUCGAAGUCAAUUCUGUCCAAGUGAAGCUAGAUUUCAAGCCAAAGAGAGUUGACUAUGCUGGACUUCGAUCCGGCCGGACUACAGAGUUCAUGAACUUUUUCGUACUUGACAACGCCAACAUGGUUCUGCGACAUGUCAUCAUCUAUGGUGUCUCUGGAUUCGACCGCCUCGGCAAUACGCUCAAUGACAUCUGGAUGCCGGAUGUCAAACGGAACCAGCUUCCUGGAGUCCUGGCAGGUUUGGCCCCCAUUCGGUCUCUGGUCAAUGUCGGAGGCGGCGUUAAGGACCUGGUAGUUAUCCCCAUGCGCGAGUAUCAGAAGGAUGGGCGGAUUGUGCGCAGCAUUCAGAAAGGUGCUUUGGCCUUCGCCAAGACCACUUCCAACGAACUUGUCAAGCUCGGCGCCAAGCUAGCUAUCGGUACACAGACGGUCCUUCAAGGCGCGGAGGAUUUGCUGACAACUCCAAAUGCCGCUUCUGCCGUGUCGGACGAGAACCGCGAUGACGAAGAUGAAGCGAAGAAAAUUUCCCUCUAUGCCGACCAACCGAUUGGAGUCGUCCAGGGUCUACGAGGCGCUUUCCGUGGCCUUGAACGCGAUCUUCUCUUAGCACGAGACGCCAUUGUCGCCGUGCCUGGGGAGGUUGUUGAAAGUGGCAGUGCAACAGCAGCCGCCAGAGCCGUUUGGAAACGCGCUCCGACAGUGGUCCUCCGGCCAGCAAUUGGCGUUUCCAAGGCCGUGGGACGUACUCUACUGGGUGCUGGCAAUACCCUAGACCCGAGCAACCGGCGCAAGAUGGAAGAUAAAUAUAAACUCUACUAA